AUGGACCGGAGGGACCGAGAUCGGGAUCGGUACCGCGACUCCUUCCGUUCCGACCGCCGUGAUAGCCGCGACCGUCGGCGAGACAGCCGCGAGCGGCGGCGGGACAGCCGCGAGCGCCGGGAGCGCGACAGGAGCCCUCGUCGCAGCCCACGACGAGAGGAGAGAUCUUGGAAGGAGGAGAGGCGUGACCGACGUGAUGAUGAUAGAGAUAAAGAUAGAGAAAAGGAUCGAGACAAGGACGACAGGGACGCCGAGAAGCCCGAAGAAGCGCGCUCGGCUGGAGGAGGUAGCGUCGCUGGUGCCAAGAUCCAUGAGGAGGUCAUCGGAGGCCGCACCAAAUACCGGGCGCGCCUGCCCUGCGGCUCCCUCGUGAUCCAAGGGCCUUUGCGAGCCCUCCGGGAGACCUCUGAGCAGGAUCUGGUGAAGAUGGAAGCAGCUUGGGUCAGCGAUGGCCUUCAGGGUGUGCAAAAGCUUCAGCCUGAGCUCUUCCGCAUCAGGGAACCCCGGGUGCCCAACAGACGGUGA